AUGUCCUUAAAAACUUGCGAAACAAUUAUCGAAAAAUUAAAGGAUACGAACUUUGAGGAUGAACUUUCUAUUUGUGAUAAAGCAUCUCUAUAUUUACUUCAUGGGUGUUUAAACACAGUAUAUCACGUAAAUUCUGAUGAAAUUUCGUCAGUGUUAUUAAAAAUAUCCUCUCUUAUCGACUUUGCUACCGAAAAAUUGCAUGCUUAUCCAUACAAAGAUGUUCCUCUAUGCUGGAGACGUUUAUAUACUGAUGCAAGUAUUGUAAAAAGUUUGUGUGAAAUUUUUAUAGCGUUGAGAACUGAAAAGGAAAAAGAAUCAUGGAAAAAUAUAGUUAAAACCUUAGAUAUGGCUUUGGUUAUGACAGGAGCUCCUGGAAAUGGCAGGAAGGAAAUGAUUUUCCAUCUAAUUAAGGAAGUGGAAAAUACUAUAAAAAAUAUUGAAGAAAAUAAUAGAGAAUCUAAUAACAUAACCGAAUCUUUAACAAAACGUCGAAUUGAUGAUAAUGAAAGAGAGAACGAUUUUGAAAAACGUAUAAAAUUAGAGAAUACAAAUCUACCAACUAUAAAAUUUCCUAUACCAAAACUUUCAUCUCCUAGUUUGGCUACAUUCACUUCGCAUGUUAAUACGCUGAGUCCUAAACCUAUUAUACUUACUUCUUGUCUUUCACAUUGGCCAGCACUUUCGACAAAUCCUUGGGCGGAUUUCGAUUAUCUUUUGAGUGUUACUGGAAAGGAGAGAAUAGUUCCAGUUGAAAUUGGAGCAAAAUAUACUGAUAAUUCAUGGACACAGAAAUUAAUGAAUUUUGAAGAAUUUGUAGAAAAAUGGAUUAAAAAUCCAACUAAUGAUGGGGACAUUGCCUAUUUAGCUCAACACGACUUGUUUGCACAAAUUCCACGUCUUAAGGAAGAUAUAAUAAUUCCUGAUUAUUGUUUUGUUGAUACUAAACCAUAUUUUAUAUCCUGCAAUCAUGUGCAAUAUACUCCACCCUCAGAUGUUAUUAUAAAUGCAUGGUUUGGUCCUCAAGGAACUAUUUCUCCUAUGCAUACUGAUCCUUAUCAUAACCUUUUAGCUCAAAUAGUCGGAAAUAAGUAUAUUAGACUAUAUGCUCCUUCCGAAACUUCGAAAGUUUAUCCUUUUGAACAAGAUGGUUUUUUGGGAAAUACUAGUCAGGUUGAGAUUGAAACACCAGAUUUAGAACGUUUCCCACUUUUUGCUUCUGCUAACUAUCUGGAUUGUGUUUUGGAACCAGGAGAUAUGUUAUAUAUUCCCGUGAGUUAA